AUGAAAAACUCUACAGUAACAACAUUCAUUCUGCUGGGACUGACAGAUGACCCUGAGCUGCAAGUUCUGAUUUUUAUCUUUCUAUUUUUUACCUAUCUGCUGAGUGUGACUGGAAAUCUGACCAUCAUCACCCUCACUUUUGUGGAUCCCCACCUUCAAACACCCAUGUACAUUUUUUUACAAAAUUUCUCCUUCUUGGAGAUCUCAUUCACCACUGCCUGUAUUCCCAGGUACUUGUAUAACAUAGCCACAGGUGACAAGGUCAUUACCUAUAAUGCUUGUGUCAUCCAAGUGUUUUUUACUGACCUCUUUGCGGUAACAGAAUUUUUCCUGCUGGCCGCCAUGUCCUAUGACCGCUACGUGGCCAUCUGCAAACCCUUGCAUUACGGCACCAUCAUGAGCAGCAGAGUCCGCAGGAGUCUUAUUUUUUCCUGCUGGUUGGCUGGCUUGUUGGUCAUAACCUCCCCACUUAGUUUGGGGCUACAUCUGAAUUUCUGUGACUCAAAUUUGAUUGAUCAUUUUCUCUGUGAUGCUUCUCCCCUCCUGAAGAUAUCAUGUUCAGACACACGGCUCAUGGAACAGACUGUUUUAAUCUGUGCUGUGCUGACCCUUAUUUUGACCCUUGUAUGUGUAGUUUUAUCUUAUACUUAUAUUAUCAAAACGAUUUUAGGAUUUCCAUCUGUCCAGCAAAGAAAAAAAGCCUUUUCCACCUGUUCUUCUCACAUGAUUGUUGUUUCCAUCACCUACGGCACAUGUAUGUUCAUUUAUAUGAAUCCUACAGCAAAAGAAGAA